UAUCAAUUUAAUAUUUUGUAAGUUUUGUAACGGUAAUAAAGAUGAUGUUAAAGUAUAAAUGUGCUGUUUGUAUUUUUGGAAGAUAUGCACAGAAUAAUUUACCUCUGGCAUUAGCUCCUAUUAAUUUUCCACUUUACAAUACUACUGUACAAUGUAGAGGUAUAAAAAAACAUUAUAAUCAGAAGUUUCGUAAAGAGAGGGCUCAAAAAUUUAUUAAAAUUGAACUGCCGAAGUAUGAUAAGGAUGGAAACUUGACCAGAGAUGCAGAACGAACUUACAUGAAAAAAGCAGGAAUUUUGCCAAACAAAGAAUGGAAUGAAAGACCUCUUCUUAUUAGCAGUACGACUCAAAUAUUUGAAUCAUACAUUGUUCCAGAAGGUGAUGGAAAAUUUUCUGCUAUUACCACUUCGGGUGCAAAACAAAAGGUUGAACUUAUAGAGAAAAAGAGUAAAUCUUAUCUAUCUAUCAGAAAAAUUAGAUCAUAUGAUGAUAAUUUUUCAACAAAGACAUUCGGAGAGGAAGCUUUUGAGAUUUACAAAAAAGCUCAUGAAGCUUUAGCUAAUAAAGAUGAAGAUGAAUUGCUACAAUAUGUAACUGAACAUGCAUAUCCUAUGAUGACACAUAACACGAUGGAUAAAACAAUUGUAUGGAAGUUCUUAGAAUCCUUGGAGCCACCACGUAUUGUGCAUGCAAGAAACACAAGUCUUAUAUCAAAAGAGAACGAAUUUGGCCAAGUAACUGUUCGCUUUCAUACACAACAGAUAUUGUGCAUUUAUGACAGAUUUGGAAGAGUGUUGAUGGGUAGUGAGACAGUGAAAAAAGAUGUUCUAGAUUAUGUAGUAUUUGAGAAACAUUUAUCUAAUGUGUAUGGUAAAUGGAGGAUACAUGCCAAGAUUAUACCAAAAUGGAUGACACCAGAACAACCAUCAACAAAGACUUAUAUUAUGUCAAAAGAAAAGCCAGAAGAUCCACCAACUGCUGUUGAAUCAGUUGCUCAAACAGUACCUCCUGAAAGUUUGGACGCUAAGCUCUAAUAACUCAAUGUAUAAUAAACUAAUUGUUUAACAUUGA